AGUCUCCUGGUGUAACGCUUGCUAGCUAUGCUAAAUGACCUGCUGGCAAAGAUUUGUGUCUUAAAAUCACGUAUAGAUGCCACCAAAAAGAAAAGGCCCACUGCAGCUCGUCCAGAGAGAGACAGACGACAUUAAAAGAAAGGUUGACAAUCUGGUGAAGGAUGUGCGGAGUCAGCAUGGAGACACUGAAGAGGCACUGCAGAGAUGCCGAGAACUGCAGACCUCAGCUGAGAAGACAAUGGGGACACUCAAGAAACUGACCAAGGCUGAUGAGCUGGCCCCAGUUGGGAACUACGACCAGAGGAAGCAGGAAGAGGAGAGACGACUGCAGGGCAUCAUGGAGCGCCUCAACACACUCUCUCUGGAGCUUUCGCCACCCGGACCGAGCACUGCAGCAGGUGACUCCUCAAAGACAGAUAGUGAGGAAGAUGAUGAUGAUGAUGACGACGACGACGAUGAGGAUGAGGAUGACGAUGAUGAUGAUGUCGAUGGUGACAAAGAUGAAAAGAAAGCUGUAAAGCCGACAUCUCAGUCUGCCCCUGGCGUCUACACGGUCCUCAGCAACUUCAGGGGAGAGCAGGAAGGAGAUCUGUCUGUUAAGAGAGGUGAUGUGUUGAAGAUUAUCAGGAAGACGGCAGAUGGAUGGUGGCUGGCUCAGGAUGCUAAAGGCAACAGAGGAGUGGUCCCUAAAACCUACCUGAAGAGUGGUUCUGGUGUAGACGAUGAAGAUGUUGAUGAUGAUCAUGAUGAUGAUGAUGAUGAUGAAGAUGAUGACAAUGAGGAUGAGGAGUUAGAGGAGGAGGAAGAGCAGCAGGAUGAUGAAGAACUGACUGAGGACCAAGAGAAACAGAGUGGUGCUUCUCGUUUGAACUGGUUCAAUGUCAGAAAGGCUUUGACUGAGAUUGAUGCAACUGAUGUGCUCUCUGCCAUGGGGGCUAUCCCCUCAGGAUUCAGACCAUCAACCCUCAAUAAACUACUGGUCGAAGAAGGGCUGACAUACAGAGGAAGUCAUUACAUUCAGCCUGAGCUCAGCCAAUCACAGCUCUCGUUCAAAGACCUCUUCCUGGACCCAGACACUGGCCAGGUGCGUGCUCGGCAGGUCAGGACCAGUGUGUGUUUUACUCUCUGGAACUGCAGGAGUAUUCCUACCCCUGGAGUUGGAGUUCAGGUCCUCAGUAGACAUGUCCGCCUCUGUGCCUUUGAUGGAACUCAGGUGUUGAGUAACAUUCACACAGUGAGGGCCACCUACAGCUCCAAGAGCCCCAAGACCUGGAGCUUCUCUCCCAGGGUGACCGGCAUUCUGCCCACCCUCCUUGAUGGAGACUGUUUCCUGCGCUGCAACUCAGCCUCUCCUGAGCUGGGGAUCCUCUUUGAACUGGGUGUCACCUUCAUACGGAAUUCUACCGGUGAGAGAGGAGACCUGAGCUGUGGCUGGGCCUUCCUCAAACUGACUGACAACACUGGAAAUCCACUCCCCUCCAAGACAUAUGAGCUACCAGUGAAUGGAGGAACUCCCUAUGAGAAAGAUGUACCAGUGGAGGCCUCAGUGACCAGAGAUGCUGCGGCUGGUGUUAUCCAGCAGAUGCUGAGGUCCAGGCGGCAGCCCAAGCUGAUUGUCAAGCUGAAAUCAGCCAACACUCGGACCAGAACCCAGCUCAGUAUCCUUCCAGACACUCUGCUGCACUGCCUGAACUGUGUUCAUGUACUGGCUCUGCACAGACAGCUGCUAGCUGACACACUGCUGAUGGACAGGCCUACCAUGCAGAAUGCUGAGCUCAUAUCCAGUCCUGUGCUGGCCACCUUCCCCCUGCUGCUGGACCAGCCAGACCUGCUGGAUGCUCUCAGAACCGCCUGGCUGGAUGCUGAGACUCUAAUGAGCAGAGCGCAGAAGAGAGACUUGCCCCAUCUGAAACAGGAGUUCAUCAAGAUCUACAUGUCAUCAGUCUACUACCUCCUCCACUCCCCGCUGUUGCCAUGCCAACGCUGGGCCGACCCGUCCUGUGAGGAGCAGCGGGCGAGAGUCAUCUACGCCACCCUGGACACGCUCAGACAUGCCCAACACACCACCGGCCAAUCAGGAAUCCCGGAGGUCUUCGUCGACUCCAAGCAUCAGCACCUGGCCUUUGAUGUCUCAGAGUUGACCUUUGACCUCCUCCAUGUGGCGCGAUAACAAGAUGAGGGAUUAGCAUAUGACUGUAGCUGCAGUGUGGUGGUGUGGUGGCCCUCAGAUUUCUGCUGAGACACAGAAAUGUCUGUCUGAGGCUACAUCUGAAGUUAGUAAUGGCUAAUGAGCCCAUUCAUGGCAGUGUCCAAACCCUGGGAAACCUUGGGGCUCCUAGGCUGGCCUGUGUUUUGAUUGGUUUUAUUUCACCCUCUUAACAAAUUUCACUUUUCUGUAAGUUUUUGGAAGGAUUUUUUUAAACAAAUCUUAAGGUACAUUUAGGUAUUUUUC